AUGCAACUCUUGCCAGGUCUCCUCGGCCUCCCGACGUCCCUGCUGCUUCUCAUUGCAACACACGUGAAAGCACAGCAAUUGCCCACAGCAGUCAAGAGGAUGUCACCCGACGAAGGCGAAAAAAUCUUGCCGCAUUACCUGGCAUUCGCUCCCGACUUCUCUUUGGCUCAGUCUCCAAUGCUGGCACGUGGGCUCCUCAGCCCGGAUGAAGAACUCCUGCUGUUGGCAAACAACUCCGCCACCUUGUCCUUCAGGCCACCUUUUGGGGUGCUCUACGGGGAGGAUAACGAAAGCCCGAACAGCAAACAAAACGUGUUCCGCAGGGCGAAAGAUGCACUUGCACGUCUCGGCCGUCGACAGUAUGCCUGCCCCACUGACACGGAGAGCUGCGACAACAUUGAUCAGCCCAACUACUGCUGUGCCGUUGGCGAGAUUUGCUUCGUGGUAGAGAAUGCGCCUGAUGCAGGAAACGUUGGAUGCUGUCCCGAAGGCCAGUCUUGCGGAGGGGGCGUGGGCAACUGCGGGACGGGAAGCACGGCAUGCCCGGCCGACUUAGGGGGAGGCUGCUGCAUCGAGGGGUUCUCAUGCGCCUCCGUCGGU